GGAAUGUCUCCUGCUGAGCGGUGCUGGUCCGCUGUCUCCGUUUGGACUUCAAUGUGGGACCGCUUUCAUGUUACGCUCUCAAGUAGUUCUACGUCCCCCCCGCACAUGGAAGAAGAGGAAGAACAUCGCUUUGGAUUGAUAACUGUCAUCAAGAUUUAAUAUUAGGAGCAUGGAGACAGUGUCCGUGGUUCCGCCCGUCCCAGCAGCAUGAUUGCAGCACCGAGUCUCUCGGGGGACACCCUGAUAGCAUGCCGCUACCCUGUGGUGCGACUCCCCACCUGGCAACUUAAAGCCUUGUGCCGUUCGGCCAAGCGACCCGGCCGGCUGUGCUCGGCGGGCCUGACCCGCGCCGUGUCCCUCCCGGAGCGAGACCCGCACAGCCCGGAGCAUUCCAUCGCCGGUGGCCGAAGACCCUUCUCCAGCAGCUACGGUAGUCUCAACGAGGACCGAGCGGAGGACGAGGGGGGCAGUGACAGCAGCGGGAAGUACGACUCCACCUCAUCACCGGAAGAGACCGAGAGUUGCCAUCUGAAGACGGAAAGCUGCGGCGCUAGAGACAGUCUGCGGUCACACAACUCGUUCCUCGCCAGUGCGGAGGUAGACGAGGACCAGGAAGACGAAGACAGUGACGGAGAUAAUCUACACAGAUAUCGAGAGGACUCAUCUUUCGUCUUGCAUGGGAAUUCCAACUGGCCACUAAAGAAUGGUGCCAGAAAUCCUGCAAUGUCCAACAGAGACAUGGACGGUGAGUGGGACAAUGAAGACACCAUCUUGGGUUCGGAGAGUGACCAAGAUUGGCUCUCUAGUCAGCCGGACUUGCUGGACUCGCUGCGGACCGAAUGCCGGUGCUUCCACGUGAGCACAUCGGCCAUCACGGGGAUGGCUUACGGAGAGCAGGCCUCGGAGAGCGUGAAGGACAACAAGUCCUGCUGCAUCCACAGGAGGCACAAAUGUUCCCCGGAGCUGUUCUCCAACAGUCUCAGCGAGUAUGUCAGCGACUCGUCCUGCAACAGCUCCGAUGGCGUCUUGGUUAAUUUCUGCACUAUUUAUAGCAGGAGCAACAACCCCGCCACGCCUAAUGACCUCAGCGGCCCGGCAGCUCAACCCUAUCAGUCAUCCGAGGGAUCCGUGUUCCUCAACCUUCAACCCGUUCCUCAGACUCCAGCUGAGAACGUCCCACACGAUGACAAGGCACUUAACGCUCCCUCUAAUGAGGAGGUUGACAUGACGCCUCCUUCCUCCAGCUGGUCUCCGCAGGGACUCGACUCUAACUGCAAUCUUUAUUCUCUGGAGCCGCCGCCCCCGGGUCUCUCCUCGCUGGAGGUGUCAGACCUUGCCGCUUGUCUCCAAAGCCAGGCCACACUGGCCAUGGAGACCAACCAGAAGUACUACAAGCUUGUGACUUGUGACCUGUCCUCCCAGUCGCCCAGUCCAGCCUGGUCCAGCCUCACCAGCUGCACCGGGGGUCAGAUCAGAAGUAGCUCCUUCCCUCCCCCUGAGCAGCUCUUUGCUGAUCAUAAGAAAGAAGGACAAGACAAAAGAUUACAAAAGGAGGAGAAUCAUCCAAAGGAAAGGAGGUUCCCCCCCACGCAAUUUAGCGCCGGGUUUGACUGGUUGCAGUGUCAGACCUACGAUUAUCAAGCUGCCCCCACUGAGAAAACCCCCGGCAAGAAGGAACAUGCAGACAGCCUCCAAGAGCUCUCCCACACGCCCUGUUCGCUGUGUCCCAGCAGGUGUGGCCCACACAGCUGUAAGGGUCAAGGCACCAGCGCAGCGUCCACACAGCCGUCUGUGAAUCAGCACCAGGAGCCCUGUGACACCGAUGCCUCUGUGAAGGGAGCGUGUUGGCUGGAAAAUGCAGUGGUGCGCUACAGUAAGGCCCAGAGACCAACCUCGCUGCCCAUCCAGCCCUUUGUGUUGCCCCCCGCGGGCAGACCCCAGAGCCAGCACCUCGGCUGCCUUCUGGAGCAGUAUGUGAAUCAGAAGGGCAGCAACGCCGGCAGCUCCCACGCGGGCCACAAGUUCAACGUCAAACGCAGCCAGUGCUUCUCUAAUCUCCAGCUGUCCGCGACGUCCGACCGCUUCCCCGUCCUUCUGGAGGCUCCUUCCAGCUCCGACACCUGCUCCACCUGCACGCCGAGUCCAGAGUGGUCGGCCAGCCGCGGACGCAUGUGGGGCCAGUUCAGCAGAGGCCGAGGACGCCCGAGUCCGUGUGCAUCACAAAUCAUCCCGGAUCCGGCGUACAGCAGCCCAAAGCCAAUACUGGUUCAAGAUGAAAGCCCGUACCCAGGCGUAACGGAAAAUACUUGUUUUAAUCGCUUUUCGACACCAAAUCGGACAAACCUUGUUAACCAGACUCUUAUCAACCUUACCCCUGAAGACGGCCAUGCCAACACAGAGGCCAUAAGUCCCAAUCAGCACCAGACCUACAACUCCUGUGAUCCAAUCUUCUCUCACACUAACACACCACCUACUUUACUCUUAACCACAGACACCCGUCACCCAAACCUGCAGGUGUGCCUCUCUCCUCCCACCACCACCACCACCACCACCCAGCAACCAGCACCGGCGGCUUACUCUGGCUUUUUCCCCGGUAGUUUUACAGCUGCCCUCUCCUCGGUAGCUCCCCUGUCCUCUUUGAGCGGCCUGCUCUCCUUGGCUGCGUCUGGGCUGCAAAUCUCGGACUCUGCUGGAGUCGGUGGGAAGCCGAGUCAGAGUCAACACACUGAGUCUCUGAUCCUGAGUGACAGGCCGCCCGCAGAGUUCUGCCUCUCGCCGGAUACAUCUUACGAGUCGAUGUCUAUCAGCCAUCUUCAGAGGAGAGGGUUGCUGAGGUCUGUGAGCAGGGCGGUGGACUUGAUCAUGGCUCAUUUCGGCAGCAGCAGAAACCCUGAAGAAAAGAUGCGUCUGGGUAACAGCUCUCGCAGCCCCACGAUAGCCGGUCUUGUUCUGGAACAUCUGUGUCCAGCGAUACAGAACAUUUUAGAGGACGGCCUCAGGGAUCACAAACUGGACCUCGUCAUCGGGCAGCGACGCAACAACUGCUGGAGUGUGGUGGAGGUCUCCACUAGGCUCGGUCCCUCCACCAAGGUCCUUCACAGCCUGGUCUCCAAAAUUAGACAAUAUCCCCAGCUCACCAGCCAUUGCAUGAGACUGAGGGCCUUCAUUAUGGGCCUGCUUAACUUGAGAGCUUUGGAAUUCUGGCUCAGUCACCUUCAGAGUCUAAAAGAUGUGGUGUCCGCACACUACCAUUCUUGGGGCUUCCUGUCCAUGUCACUGGGUCGGUGUCAGCCCCUUUUUCAAGAGCUGCUACUUCUGCUGCAGCCGCUCUCCGUGUUGCCCUUUGACCUCAACUUGCUCCUGGAGCCCCGACUGUUACCUAACCGACAGCUGUGCUCCGAGGAGCAGGGAGUUCCUCCUCCUCCGCCGUGCUCGGCCCUCCUGGUGACCAGCUGGCCUCUUCUGCAGGCUGACAAAAAGGUGGACAGAAGUGCCUGCAGUCAGCAGACUAAGACUUCCCACCAGACAGGCCGGCAUCACCAAGCGUCUCUCGGUUCCUACAGUGGUGUCGGGUCGGAUCGAGGAGGGGUGCGGGCCGACAGGAGCCCAUCGUUGGCUCAUAUUCCCGGGUGGUGGCCGAAGGAGCCUAUGGACGGUGUGGUUGAAGGAGAGGACUGUAGGCAGAAUUAUGAAGAUACUUGGUCUCAAAUAAGUAUGGACGGCAGGCAAGAAGAGAACGGGCCAGAGGAGGACAAUGAGGCACAGGGUGCACCCGCUCGCGUCCAGGCUGAGAGUCCAUGUCAGGGUGGCCUGCGCUGGGCCAAACUGUUUGGAGCAUCCGGUACCUCCUCCAGGACAGAGAGUGUUUCUCACAGUGGAGCACAGGCCAGAAGGUACAGACGACCAUCGCAGUGGCUGAACUUUGACAGAUCACAGCUUGGACUGUUUGCUCAAUCCAUCAGGUCAAUGAAGCUAGGAGAAGCUCAAACUAAGAAGGACUGCUGAAAGCAGGGGACAGAUUGGAGCCUAUUUAUUUACUGUAAAGGCUGUAUACGUGAACAGUCUUACUGUAACUGCAUGAUGACACAUACACAGUGCUGAGCUGAUCAGACACCACAUAGCAUUACAAGCUUUGGCAGUGGCCCUCAUUCAUCAAGCGUUGUGUUGCACUAGCCAUUCAAGUAUGCAUGUGUGGUGGAAAUUAGAGGAUAAUGUUCUUGUGAGGAAUUGUAUGUAUCUUAAGCGGGUUUGUGUACUUAAUACAGACUAACAUAUAGGAAAAUCAUAAAUAAUACAAAAAUCACUGAACACGAGCCAAUGUUACAACCAGGAGUUUAUGACACAAUUCAGCUGGAAAGGGAGCAUUUUUUUCUCCCUGAGAGCAGCAGGAAGGUCUGACAAAGCUUCUUGGAGGAAGAGAAGCUUUAAUACAUCAUAUAUCAGAAAGGUCAAGCCUGCACAGAGUAACUGGACCAGGACACAGGUGUGAAGGAAUGCACACUUUGAGCCCCCACCCUCCCGCCUCAGUUAUGAGUCAAGGAGAGGCCACAGAGUUCACGAGAGGUCACAGAGUUCCUAGGAGAAGUGUGCAAUAAGAUUUAUUUUUCCUAAUCCUAUUUCAUGGAUGUUCUUGGAUUGAGUUAGGUCUACACAUACAGUAUGUAUUGGAUGGAAAUCCUGCACACAAAUUAAUUGAGUUCCUAUGACUUGUUUUUUUUUAGUGUAGUUACCAGCUGUAACAGUCUGCUGUUGUUUUGACCAUGUAGUGUGUGUGUGUGUGUGUGUGUGUGUGUGUGUGUGUGUGUGUGUGUGUGUGUGUGUG